UUGCGUCAAUUUUUCGACGACAAUCUCGGCUAGCUUCAUGCUAUACUUUAGCAACCAACCCUGGAAAUGUCAAAAUCAAAUAUAAAAAUUUGUGUAAAAUCGCUCUUUUAAAAAUACAGACUUAAUUUACAUAAACUUCACAAUUUCACCUUGUACUUAAAUUUACAAAUGUGCACAUAUUUUAUUAUUAUUAAUAAGUUAUUCUAUUUCUAUUGAACAUUUUGAUUCAAGUAUUUAUGAUUCUUAUUGGGAACUUUACGUGCUUCUACUUUUACUAAAUAAAAUGUAUAAAGUUUUAUUCUACAUAUAUUAUUCUGAACUAAGUUUGACUAAAUCUUUUGAAGAUACGUCAAAAUAUCAUUCUGUGUUCCUAUAGUGUAUUGUGUCCUUAUAAAUACAACGUUUGUCCCUGGGCGUAACCAGCCCUGAAACGGAUCGAAGGCUGUGCUAAAAUGUUUAUUUAUAUUUUUUCCUGAAACGCAGUGGUCAUAACUUGUGUAAAAAUGGCCGAAGACGAAGUGUUAUUCGACGAUGUGUACGAAUUGUGCGAAAUCAUCGGAAAGGGUCCAUUCAGUUUGGUUCGUCGCUGUGUGCACCGGCAAACAGCACAACAGUUUGCAGUGAAAAUUGUGGAUGUGGCCCGCUUCACUGCUAGUCCGGGACUUAGCACUGCAGAUUUGAAAAGAGAAGCAACAAUAUGUCAUAUGUUGAAGCAUCCUCAUAUAGUGGAACUGCUGGAAACCUACAGCUCCGAAGGCAUGCUAUAUAUGGUGUUUGAAUAUAUGGAUGGCUCUGACCUUUGCUUCGAAGUGGUUCGACGAGCUUCUGCCGGGUUCGUCUACAGCGAAGCGGUGGCAUGUCAUUACAUGCGUCAGAUUCUCGAAGCGCUCCGCUAUUGUCACGAGAACGACAUCGUGCACCGUGACGUCAGACCUCACUGCGUUCUGCUGGCCGGGAGGGACAACUGCGCGCCGGUGAAGCUCGGGGGAUUCGGCGUGGCCGCCCAGUUGCCAACGCCCACGUCGCAUCGAGCCCCACCAGAACUGGUGAUGGACAAUCGACCGCUAAUGGGUCCGAUGGGCCAAGCCUAUCUCAAAUCCGAUGAGUACGGUCGUAUCGGUACUCCUCACUAUAUGGCCCCGGAAGUUGUAUCCAGCCAGUUGUACGGGAAGCCCGUCGAUGUGUGGGCGGCGGGUAUAUUGUUGCACGUACUGCUUGUUGGAUAUCUACCCUUCGCCGGAACAAGGGAACGCCUGUUCGAGGCUAUUUGCAGGGGGAGAUUAAGGUUCGACGCUCCUCUCUGGGAUGAUGUAAGCGAUGCUGCCAAAGAUCUAGUGCAACGCAUGCUCACCGUCGAUCACACUCAGAGGAUCAACAUUCAAGACGUGCUCAAUCAUCGAUGGAUAAAAGAUCGCGAAAAACAGAACCGCAUCCACCUGGCCGGUACCGUCGAGGAGCUGAAGAAGUUUAAUAGUCGUCGUCGAUUGAGGGCUGCCACUCUCGGCGCCGCCGCGGCCGACGACGAGGAGGAGGAGGAACAGCAGCCGACUCGCAAACAGGCGAUGCUCGAGGAGGCCAACGCUGCAGCUGUGAAUAUCGUCGUGGAGUCAUUGGACGACGUGGCUGUCCUCCAGGACGGUCCGUUGUUCAUAGACCCGGACCUCUUCCACAGCGUGCUCGACGAUUUGCAACUGAGAGCCCUACUAGAGGUGUACGACCGCAUAGCGUGCACUGUGGUGGUGACGAGCGGGCGAGCCCCCGCGGCGGAGGGUCGCGCCCGCGCCCGCCACGCGCUGGAGGCCACCACGCGCCUGCGCCACGCCGCCGCCCCCGCCGCGCCCCCCGCCGCCAAAAGUGUCUACGCAAGUUGCAUCUCAGAUGAAACACCUCCCCCUCUGCCAAGGCAUAAAGUAAAGUAA